ACACAUUUUAUUUAAUCUGAACAUACCCAUGUAGAUCCUAGUGUCAUUAUAUCGGCCCAGGUUUUUAAAAGUGACGCAAUGCCGUGGGGUGUCCCUUGAGUUUCUCUAUGAUAUACCCCGUCAAGUGUGUUUUUAGAACUUUAAAAUAUGGGUACACUUCUCGAAUGGAAUUUUAUACUUUGGAUAUUACCGCUAAUAUUAUUUGAGGACUGUUUGGCCAGGAGAAACAAUGGCGGCUUUUACUCUUCCAAUAGAUACACGGACGAGAGUUCCGACAGCUGGGUUGCCGGUGCGAUUGUGGGUGGGGUGUUCGGCUUCAUUGUCUUAAUCACAAUAAUCUACAUAUGUUGCCAAGCCGGAAAUUGCUGCUGUAAAAGUCCCAAGCCUUAUCACCGCCACAGAGCCAUCAAUCCUAUUUCCCAUAUUUAUACCGCCGGGAAUGUUCAGUCAAGACCUGUGAGCGAGAUAUCCAGGACAGGGAUACAAAUUCAAACAGGGGAUCUGAGGAGCAAUUACUCACCCAGGGGAAACGCCCCGGUGGACACCCCGUGUCCCCCAUACGAACCACCCCCUACCAUUCCGGGGUAUCGACCCCAGAUUAAUGUGGUGUCGGACAUCAUGGAGGGUCGCGUCAUGUCACCGCCCCCACCCUACAUCGAGUCACGUACCAACAAUCAAGAUGUGUUAACGGAACUUUGAAACCGUGUGCCAAAAUCUUUACAUUUUAUCAUGGUGCUGAUUUUCAUUAUUUAUUUACAUGACAACUGCGUCCCUCCUUCCAAAAUUCACAAAUUAAGGCUUUAAGCUUGUAUUUGAAUACAAUGUAUUACAUGUAUAUUUUUUAUUAUAAAUAUACAUGUAUAAUUAUGCAGAAUUGUUAUUUAAUUUUUGUAUUUUUUUAUAUUACUCUCUUCCCAAAUUCAUUUUUAAAACCAAUAGAAGCUAAAAGCUUUUAAUUGUUACACUUUAUUUGUAUAUUUGUUAUUAUUUAUAUACUGCAUGAAGUGUUGUUUGAACUUUUGUACUAUUUUUAUUUUUUAUGCUUCUGAUACCAUCAGACAUGGCUUGAAAUUAUAUUUAUUAUUUACUAUCGGGUGAGUGUCUCAUGAUAUGUACAUGUCCUGUGCUUCUACGAGUAAUAAUUAUAUGACAAGCAGGCACAUAGCAUCAGGGUGUGGCAGGAGCGGGGGGGGGGGGGGGGCUGGCCCUCAACUUAUUCUCACAGCGAACAUUUCUUUUUAAAUU